AUGAAUUCGUUGGCACAGAAUAUAAGUCCGAUUCAUUCGAACCUAACGAGACUACAGGAAAGCUCAACCGCAUCUUCCCUGAUGCUAGACGCAUCGCCAACCUCUUCGAAGUCUUCCCCAACGACGGUAGUGCUCGCUGUCAGCGGGGGUGACAAUCGAACAAACGUCAGCUCGCUACUAGUCAGAAGCAACCACAACAGCAGCAACAGCGGCGAUGAAGCACAAGCAAAUGAUUUUCUCUCCACCUCACUGUCCUCGCCAGCAUCGGCAGUCUAUCUGCUUCAGCAUCACCAUAACCACCAUCACCAUCAUCACCAUCCGGUCGGUCAGCAACAGCAGCAGCAACAGCAGCAGCAACAGCAGCAACAAUUGCAGCAGGACAAUGGCCACAAUCAUCCACUAAGUGGUAGUGAUCAUCACUCCCAGCAACAACAGCAACAUCAGCAGCAGCACCUCCCUCACCAUAACAGUAGCAUAGCCACCAAUGGGAGCACCACCAGCAGCACUAGCAGUAGCAGCAGUAGUAGUAAACGAAGCAUACCGUCGCCCCCACCACCCAGUUCCGGAGGAAAUGGCACAGCAACGUCACUCACGACGCUGCCCCAGAUGAACCCGUUCCAUCACAAUACACCGUCGGCUUUGCACAAUGACUACUACUCGGAGUAUCGUCUGGGCAGUGAAUAUCGGUUGAAUUCCCACCCGCACCAUCAUCACCACCACCAUCAUCAUCCGCACUCGCAUCCUCAUCCACGGGACCUGUGGACGGCGGCUGCAGCAGCGGCGGCUGUCACACACGAGGGUAUCGGCCUGGACGAAAACUGCGACAGCUAUGGCUUGAGGCAUGCCGGUAAACCCCUCCGCAACGAGCGUUCGGCAUUCUUCGAUUUCGCGACAACUCCUUCGACCCACCCAGCAGCGGCAGCCGCCGCCUACUGCUACCGCCUAUCUACGCCACCCCAGCUAGUGAAGCGAGAACCAAGCGACGUAGCGGCCUGGCAUACCUACUCGGAGCGAAUGUUCACCGAUCCAUUAUACACCUCGCUGAAGCUGCAAAGCCAGCAACAAUCGGCCGGUUCCUCGCCGCAACUUAGCCAACAUUCCAUCUUUCCGGAUUCCACCUCGCACUUGACGUCGGCAUUGGACCACUCGCACAGCAUUGCCGCCCAUCAGCAAGACGCAGCCGAGUCCUUUCUGCAUCAUCAAACGGGCUACGCUAGCUAUCGGCAACCGUCGGAUGUUGUGACCUCCUCGGAGCCUGAUUACUGUAACCCCGGAACGGGUGGCGCAUCAACACUCACCACAAUCUCUACCACCAACCCAUCUCCAUUAAAUUCGCUUUCUGUUCCAAGUGGGCCUCUCCAUCAGCGCCGCGGUUCUCUUCAACUAUGGCAAUUCUUGGUAGCCCUGCUAGAUGAACCGGCAUCCAGUGCUGGUUGCAUCGCGUGGACCGGCCGUGGCAUGGAGUUCAAACUUGUUGAACCGGAGGAGGUGGCCCGACGCUGGGGAAUCCAGAAAAAUCGACCCGCCAUGAACUACGACAAACUGUCCCGCAGUCUUCGGUACUACUACGAGAAAGGAAUCAUGCAAAAGGUGGCCGGUGAACGGUAUGUUUACAAGUUCGUCUGCGAUCCGGAGGCUCUAUUCAACAUGGCCUAUGGAGCAACAACCACUGUAAGCGGUACUACGACCGGAACUAGCUGCAGUUCAGCACUGGGGGAUGGGACACUUCAUUCCCAUCACCAUCAACAUCACCACCAUCAGCAGCAACAACAACAACCACACCAGCAGCAGCAACAACAAGGAAGUUCCUCACCUCCCACCUGCCACGGAGGACAAGCCAGCAUGCCCGAUGGGGUAUCGGAUGACACGGAACGAAGCUCAUACUUCAACACCGGCUCAUCCGCGUACACUCAUGGAAAUUAG